AUGUGGGAGUACUUAGACCCUGAUGCUUUCCACCACGACAAUGGAUCGCUGUCGCAGGACAUCAGCUCCUCCAAUGCUGAUGUGAUAACAGCAGAGAGCCACGAUGACACUCUGAUAACAGCAGAGAGCAACGAUGACACUGUGAUAACAGCAGAGAGCCAGGAUGACACUGUGAUAACAGCAGAGAGCCAGGAUGACACUCUGAUAACAGCAGAGAGCAACGAUGACACUCUGAUAACAGCAGAGAGCAACGAUGACACUCUGAUAACAGCAGAGAGCAACGAUGACACUCUGAUAACAGCAGAGAGCAACGAUGACACUCUGAUAACAGCAGAGAGCAACGAUGACACUCUGAUAACAGCAGAGAGCCAGGAUGACACUCUGAUAACAGCAGAGAGCCAGGAUGACACUCUGAUAACAGCAGAGAGCAACGAUGACACUCUGAUAAAAGCGGAGAGCCAGGAUGACACUCUGAUAAAAGCGGAGAGCCAGGAUGACACUCUGAUAAAAGCGGAGAGCCAGGAUGACACUCUGAUAAAAGCGGAGAGCCAGGAUGACACUCUGAUAACAGCAGAGAGCCAGGAUGACACUCUGACCCCUGACACCCCUCGCCCCGUCUUCAUUGUCCCCAAUCGGCUAUAUGUUAGGGGAAUUGACUACAGGUUCAAAGAGAGCGACCUGGUGGAUUUCUUCUCUCAAUACGGGCCAGUGAGCGAGGUGAAGAUUGUGAUACAUCGCUCAGGAAUUUCAGAGGGAUAUGCCUUUGUUACAUUUGGGUCCGAAGAAGAUGCACUGAAAGUCCUUCAUGCUUUGCAGGAUAAUGGAAUCUGUCUGAAAGGCAAGGAGCUCCGCGUCAGUCAGGCGUUCUCUAAGCACCGACUUUCACGUCCAAAUCAACGUGCGGCCCCUUACUUCAUCGUGCCUCCGCCGAUAAACUCUAGGACUAACUUCCUGAAAACACCUUCAGGGUUUCCAUUCGUCUACCAUAAAGGAAUGGCCUACUUUAACUUCCCCAACAUGGUCCCUCCUGCCCCCCAGCGUCCUCCCGCUCCUCAGGUUCCGUCUCCUCAGCCCGUCUACCAGCAACCAGUCUUUCACCGGCACCCGAACGAGUGUCCCUACUACCGGUCUCAGUGGAACGUCAUGCGGUCACCGCUGCCCUCCACACCAGUCCUGCACUCUCAGCAGUCCGAGUAUCUGUACUGGCCCCCUAACGGUGGCCCUGUCCCUCCUCAGUUUGUAGAGCCCAUGGUGGGGCAGGCUUUCCCGAUGGAUCCUCCCAGAGUUGAACGAAUGACUCACUUUGUUCUGCACCCACAGCCACAGUAACUCCAUAACCUCCACCACAAUAACUAGC